AUGUUUCGGAGUAGGACUAUUCGGUGGCUGACGAGCCUAGGCGGAAGGGUUAGCAAAGUAUGUUCUCGCCGGAAUUAUAGAGUUCUGGCAAUCGAAACAUCUUGUGACGAUACAUGUGUGGCGGUAAUCGAUAGGAAAAGUCGACAAGAGCCCCCGGUAUUGUUGGCGCACUUAAAAGAGACACUUGAUAGUGAAAAACAUGGCGGAAUUGUUCCGACAAAGGCUCAUUUACAUCACCAAAUCAAGGUUGGUUCUCUAGUUCAGCAAGCGCUGCGCCAAACAAGUUCCGAGCGUAGCAUAGAUCUGGUAUGUGUCACACGUGGGCCCGGUAUGCCAGGCUCCUUGUCGGGCGGCCUUGAUUUUGCCAAAGGACUCGCAGUUGCAUGGGACAAACCCCUCGUAGGUGUACACCACAUGUUAGGGCAUUUGCUUAUCUCUAGGAUGCACACAAAUGGUUCCUCGCCACGAUACCCAUUUGUAAGCUUAUUGGUAAGUGGCGGCCACACCAUUUUUGUUCACUCGAAAUCAAUUAGCGAACAUGAAAUCCUAUGUAACACCAUCGAUAUUGCCAUCGGUGACUCUCUCGACAAGUGCGCACGCGAGAUUGGUAUUAAAGGCAACAUGAUUGCCAAAAACAUGGAAAAAUUUAUUAACGAAAACCUAGAAGAGGCUCAAAGCCAGACGGUAGACAUGUCUCUGCCGAAUCCACUUCGAAAUCAAAAUGGUAGGAUGAAUGUGCAAGCGUUUUCCUUCGCGCCUUUCUUAACUGCGGUACGUACCGCAAUGGCCAAGAACAAGAUGGAAAAGUGCACAAAAGAGACGAGGUCAAUGGCAUACCAGAUACAAGAAGCGUUAUUUGAACAUCUCAUCACAAAAUUAAAACUUGUUAUUUCCUUAAGACCAGAUAUAUUUGAAUGCACCAGGCAUUUAGUGUGCUCAGGCGGUGUCGGCGCAAAUCGCCGCCUCCAACAAAAGUUGCGAGAUGAGCUGUCAUUCCAAUUUCAGGAGUUCCACUACCCCGAACCGUCCCUAUGCACGGACAAUGCUGUAAUGAUUGGGUGGGCAGGAAUCGAAAUUUUUGAAACCUUGGGUAUUAAGACGGAGCUCGGGGUUACUCCUGUCAAAAAGUGGCCACUUUCGGAUUUACUUAACGUUCCAGGGUGGAUUAGCACAUAA